UAUUUUUCAGAAUGUAUUUGCUGUGAUAAAGUGAAACGUAAUGCCGAACAAAAGCAAAGGCAGAAACGGGUCUGGACUGGACGUCAGAAAUGGUCUGUCGAACAACCAGCGCAAGACGCAGGCCCGUUUCCUCCGCGAUCUACUUCAGAUAUGUGAUACAAUAAAAGAUAAGUCCUUCACGUCUCCGGGUAGAACGAACCGGAUUACGUUUGAAGAGUUCGAAUCGAUCUACGACUCCGUGGAGCUCCUGCGACAAAUGGAAGCGAAAAACGCGCUACCGUGCGAUAUUCCCACGAAUCGUGGUGAUAUAUCUGAGUUUGUUUCGUGGUGUCGAUUGUCGGGGAUCAAGAUUCAUCCAGACAUCGAGUUGCACGAUUUCGGAUUUCCGAUUGGCUUUGGAUUGCGUGCGGUGCAAGACAUUACAUCCGGAACAAAAUUGUUUGAAAUUCCUGUGGACGUGAUGAUCGGAUUGGAUAGCGCUGAAGAAGGAAUUGUCGCCGAGGUUAUGCAGGGUGACAUGCUGUGGUCGGGAAUGGAAACUGUGAAACUCGCUCUAUUUCUUCUGGAAGAAAAGUGGUCUCCCAACUCGAAAUGGGGACCUUACAUUUCUGCGCUUCCGAAAGCUUACACGUGUUCACUGGAGAUGGACUUGGAGGGAUAUAAAUUACUGCGCGGAACGUCGGCCUUCGAGGAAGCCAUGAAGCUUUUCCGAAAUAUAGCAAGACAGUAUGCUUACUUGAAGCGAUUGUUCCACAGUGAUGAAAAAUUCAACAAGCUCAACUUUGUGUCUCAUUUCUCCUUCGACGAGUACAGGUGGGUCGUUUGCACGCUGACCACCCGGCAAAAUAGCGUGCCAGUACCGAGACGAAAGUGCGGUAAAUUUCAUGUUCGGGAAGGAAGUCUGAUGAUGAUACCACUUUACGACUUCGCCAAUCAUGAUGACAAGGGUGCUGUUGGUGAUUUUGACGAGGGCGUGUGCUCCAGCGUGUGCAAUGGAGAAAUCAAAGCUGGCGAGCAGAUUUUCAUUUGCUACGGCUCUCGCGGAAACUGGCAAACACUAGUUCAUAAUGGGUAUAUCAUGGGUUGCGACGUUUUUGGCGGGGUGUUGGAAGGACGAUUUGAUCCUGUGCAUGACAAGUUCCCGAUAACGAUUGAGUUUGUCGAAGCUGAUGCCUCCCUGAAAGAAGUGAAGACACGGAUAUUGCAGCAUCUUUUGGGCGGUUUACCCUCAAAAUUGAGCAUUUUGGCCUCACCGCCGCAUUUAACGCCGGAUUUUCUUGCUUUUGCGAGGCUUUCCGUUGCAAGUGAAGAAUUCUUGUCAUCCAUAAGAGAGUCGGAGUUGUGGUUAUUCAACUGUGACGUUGCUGAUGGUGAUCCGAAGUGGGCGAAGCUAUGUCGGCAAGCAGUAACCUGGACUUGCGUGAAAAUAUCGAAGGCGUUGAAGUCUUUCACUGUUCCAAAAGAAACUCUCGUCGAGAAGCUCAAAUUGGUUGACGCUGAAUUUGCGACCAAAUCCACAGAAGCUCUCAAACGAAAAGCGUAUUUGCAUAAAAUGUCGAUUUCGUUGGCAGUUACGGAGAUGAGUAUCUUGGAGGUGGUCAGGCCCUGGCUCAUGGGAGAAAUCAAGAGGCUUGGGGCUAGUGUUGACGGAGCUGGAGGAAACGGUGCUGAGAAACACACUCCUCCGAUUGUAAUUGCCAGGAUGUUGCAAGUAGAUUCAACUGGUAGCGCUCGAAGUGCCCCACCUGUUUCAAUCAUGAGCGAUUUGAAACCACCGCUUAAAGCGGUUUUGCAGCGAUUCGUGAGUCAUGUCGAUGCCAUGGAGAAGAAGUUCGCCAGUGGUGACGAUCAAUAUGAUCGGGAAUUCCAGAAUUUGAAAAUGAUGAGCGAAACGUUGAAAACCCUGGCGGAAUACUCGUGCUCCGAAGGCGAGAAGGACAUCAAUCGACGGAAAAAUCGAUACAAGGAUAUUCUGCCGUUUGAUUACAGCCGAGUGACGCUGAGGCCAUUUACUGGAAUCCCUGGCAGUGAUUAUGUAAAUGCCAAUUACAUACGAGGAGCCUCGGGUUCUGUUGCAUACAUUGCUUCGCAAGGCCCACUUCCAAACACACUAGCAGACUUUUGGCGAAUGGUUGUUGAAUGUGAAGUGCGAGUUAUUGUCAUGGCAUGCAGUGAACGAGAAUCUGGAAAGCAUAAAUGCGAAUGCUAUUGGCCUGCUACAGAGGAGGAAGAAAAGGUUGUGGGGAACGUUCGGAUAGCAUUGGUGAAAACGCGACAAGUUUGUGUUGAUUUCACUUUGCGAACGCUGCUGCUGAAGUACGCGAAACCUGGCAGUGACGAGCUGACAGAAGAGCGAGUGCUGUGCCAAUUUCACUAUUUUGCAUGGCCAGACCACGGAGUGCCAUUGCGAGUCCGCCCAUUAAUUGACAUGGUGUUGCUAUUGCGGGAUUGUCAAGCGUCGGAAACAUGUCCUGUGUUGGUGCAUUGUUCUGCUGGUUGCGGUCGUACUGGAACGAUUUGCGCUCUGGAUUAUGUUUGGGGUUUGCUACGAACAGGACGACUGCGAGAGAGUUUCAACUUAUUCGACGUGAUAGCUGACAUGCGGAAGCAGCGUGUCGCCAUGGUGCAAACAAAAGAUCAAUACAUCCUGGUGCACAGAGCUGUGAGAGAAUUGUUCGCUGAUCAGUUGCGGAUGAUUGACUCACAUCCGUACGAGAACGUGGAUUGGAAUGGUGAUCCCUUAGGUGACGUGCACGUGCCCCCGCCACCCCCGUCGAAACCUCAGGCGUUGCCGUUACCCCUGUCUUCGAUUUCUUCCUCGUCUUCCUUGUCUUCAUCGUCUUCCCUCGCUUCGAUGUCGAAGACCGUUGAUAAGUUGGUGGUAGUGAUGCAGCCAUCUGGAGGAGACUGUGAUGCAAGAGGUAGGGAUCUUGCAGUGGAAAUGGCCAAUCCUUGUUCUACUAGGUCGAAGAAAGUUUUCGAUUUAAAGCUGAUUGAAAGCACCAUGAGACUCGUUCAUCUAGACGCGGACGACUCUUUGUCCUCGCCUUCAAGCGGCGGCGGCGAGUCCUCGGCGGCGGCUGACGUUGAUCGUCGAGACGUUCGCAACCUGUGCGCAAUGUUUGAGGGGAUGCAAUCGUCCAAGCCGCGGUUAGCGCGUAGUUUGAGUUCGGCCGCUCUUGGUAUGCGUCGAGACGCCGCGCCGUUGACGCUUCGGAUUGUCCCUGCUGGAUCCAAGCAAAGUUUAGAGUCUGGAGAAGCGGAUUUGGAGGACGGCUGUACAAGUGGGAACCAUGAAGGAGGCGGUGGGAAGUUUUCCGCGUCGAAUUUACGAACUGCGCCGACUCCGCCGCAGAGACGGAAGAAGAGCUCACCUUGGACGAGGAAUGAUAAUGGCGAGCACAAAGGUCUUCGCCGACGCUCGAGUGACGUGGGUUUAUCGCGAGCAUCUCAACUUUCCGUGAAACAAGCCAGUCAAGCUCAAAAUGCCCUACCAUCAUCAUCAUCAUCAACGACUCGUCGACAACCGGAAGCUGUGCUACGUGAUGCAAGAAAGUUGCUCGAGAAGGAAGCUCGGGCAGCUGCGGAACUCGGGCAAAGAAUAAAUGCCACGCAACAGCCUCGUCGUGAAACCACCAUUGAUGCGAUUGUGAAGAGUUGUGAGCAGUACUUGAGGGAUAACGAAACGUCGGGUUCGAGUAGAAAGCGCGCCAUGCCUCAAGUUUCGGCGCAGCGGAAUAGUAAAAACUACGAACAGUUGUGGCCGUCGACGCGGGAAGGAUCUCCUAAAAUCAAGGAUCGGUCUGGCUGUGGUUUUCCCGUGCCGACGACGGCGAACGUUUCAGUCUCUUCUUCGUCCAUUGUUUGUACCCCAGAAGGUCAGACGACUACUAGGAAUUUACCAGUGGUCGCUCCAGCGAUUCCAUCUCCGUCGGAUCGACGGGAAGUUCGAAAUAAAUCUCAGGAGCCGUCGCUGAUCGUAUCCGUCACUCCACGAUUUCCUGUCAGCGAGGCUGAACCGAUGAUGAAAGGUCCUCAGCCUUUAUUAGCCGAGCCGAUUGUGAUUGUGUCUCUUUUCCUCUUAUUUCAAUCAGGAAAAUCUCCCUCGUGGGAGAAACAGUCCCCGAGUUCCUUGGAUAUCAACAAAUCGAGUGUUUGGAAUAGAGGUGUGAAAAACGGUCUCACAGUUGAAGAACCAGUUGCUCCUCCCCGAGUGAAGCGAACCAAUUCCGCCGUAGCAAAUUACGUGAACCUGAGCGUACACAGAAGUGGGGGCGUCACGCGUUCGAGUCGCCCGAGUCCACCUCAGAAUAUUGGACGCGGAAAUGCCGAUGGAAGUCCGUCCGUCGAUGAUAGGCGCGUGGAAGAUUGGAUCCGCGUUUAUGGUCCUUCGCGGAUGAAUGAAAAACCGGCUCCAGUAUCGCGUCAGCAUGUGAAUCGGGCUUUGCCCGUUUGUGUCCCCGAAGGUAUUAGAGACAACCCUGUAGCUGCGAUCAGUUCCGUUCACAUUGUGCAAGAAGCUGCUCGAGUGGCAGCUUCCCGUCAAACCCAGCGAGCACCGCUAACAUCGUCUAACAAUGACCUGAAACUCUCCGGAGAACCGUCAGCUGCACCUUUGGGGACGCAAAAACAGACUUCGAAAUCUACUGUCCUCGGCCGAUUCCAUUCGUUGCGUGUGAAGUUACCAAAGCAGGAGACAGAUGCAAGAAUCGUCAUUUCCAGCAAGCCAAAAGAAGUUGGCGGUUCUUGUGUUCGGACGCUCGGCAAGUUGUUUAUUAUCGUUUUCUUCUAUCUUGGAGGAUAUUUCUCGUAA